GAUGUCGUGUGCGUCAGUAACUCAAACAUGUUCCAAUAACGGGAUGUGUUAUCUGCUGCUAUUUGCAGUUUGCUGUAGCCAGGCGAGCUUGAGCAAGAAGCUGCUGCAGCUCCUUCUGGUGCUCUUCUGUGAUGGAAAUGCUCUCGUCAGGAGUGACAUCCACAUGGCAACCGGCAGAGGAGAAGGAAAGCACUGCUUUUGGCUCCACGCUCAUCAUGCCAAAGUCGAGGUGUUUGCGUGAGCCUCAGCUCUGAGAGGACCAAGGAUGGCAGGAGGCUUCAAGAGGAGCUCAGGGGUGCAGAAGAGGCUGUCUGCGGGGCUGCUUACAGUCUCAGUGUUGCUGGUUUGUGAUGUGAGCUGGCUGAGUUUGAAGGAGCAGGUUGGAGUAAACGCCCAGAGCAACGAGAGAAGAGUUUUGGCACACAUCCCUGGUGACAUCAUCAUCGGAGCUUUGUUCUCUGUCCACCAUCAACCACCUGCUGACAAGGUCCAUGAGAGAAAAUGUGGUGCUGUGCGUGAGCAGUAUGGGAUUCAGAGAGUGGAAGCCAUGAUGCACACUCUGGAUCGGAUUAAUGCAGAUUCCACAAUCCUUCCCAAUAUCACCCUGGGUUGUGAGAUCAGGGACUCAUGCUGGCACUCUGCGGUGGCACUGGAGCAGAGCAUUGAGUUCAUCCGUGACACACUGGUGUCCAGCGACGAUGAAGAGAGCCAGGGCAGAUGCACCAUGGAAGGAGGAAGUGUUCUUCUUCAGGGCAAGAAACCCAUUGUUGGACUAAUUGGACCCGGAUCAAGCUCCGUCGCCAUCCAAGUGCAAAAUCUCCUCCAGCUUUUUAACAUUCCUCAAAUAGCCUACUCAGCCACAAGCAUGGAUCUCAGCGACAAGAGCCUGUUCAAAUACUUCAUGAGGGUGGUGCCAUCAGACAUGCAGCAGGCCAAAGCCAUGGUGGACAUAGUCAGGAGGUACAGCUGGAGCUAUGUGUCUGCGAUACACACCGAGGGUAACUAUGGUGAAAGUGGAAUGGAAGCAUUUAAAGACAUGGCAGCAAAGGAGGGAAUCUGCAUCGCCCACUCUGAUAAGAUUUACAGCAAUGCAGGAGAGCAGAGCUUUGACAAACUGCUGCAGAAACUCCGAGGUCAUCUGCCCAAAGCCAGAGUGGUGGCCUGCUUCUGUGAGGGCAUGACGGUCAGAGGCAUACUGAUGGCCAUGAGGCGCCAGCGCUUGGUGGGGGAGUUUCUGCUGGUUGGAAGUGACGGCUGGGCUGACAGGUACGAUGUAACGGAUGGCUACGAGAGAGAAGCAGCCGGUGGGAUCACCAUAAAGCUGAAGUCCGCGUAUGUUACCUGGUUUGAUGACUAUUACCUGAACCUGAAGCCCGAUGCCAACCCGAGAAAUCCCUGGUUUCCUGAAUUCUGGCAGCACCGCUUCCAGUGCAGGCUGAGAGGCCAUCCUCAGGAGAACACGGUGUUCAACCGCACUUGCAGCUGGAGAGAGUCUCUGCGCCACCAGUAUGCCCAGGACACCAAAAUGGGAUUCGUCAUAAACGCCAUUUAUUCCAUGGCUUAUGGCCUUCAUGCCAUGCAGCAGUCUCUCUGUCCAGGGUAUAAGGGUUUGUGUGAGAAUAUGAGACCCAUCGAUGGUCGCAAACUCCUUGAUUUCCUGAUGAAAACCAACUUCACCGGAGUCUCUGGGGAGACCAUCCACUUUGACCAGAACGGUGACUCACCUGGCAGGUAUGAAAUCAUGAACUUCAAGCAGAUCGGUGAGAACGAAUACUCGUACAUCCAUGUGGGAAGCUGGGAUCAGGGAGGCCUUAAGAUGAAUGAUGAGGAAAUCUGGAGCAACAGCAGUGAAGUGAUCCAGUCCGUCUGCUCUGAGCCCUGCCAGAAGGCACAAAUCAAGGUGAUCCGAAAAGGAGAAGUGAGCUGCUGUUGGACUUGUACUCCCUGCAAGGAGAACGAGUUUGUGUUUGAUGAAUACACUUGUCGAGCCUGCAUCCUUGGCUCUUGGCCCACUGAUGACCUCACUGGUUGUGAACCGAUUCCGGUGCAGUACGUGCGUUGGGGGGAUCCAGAGCCCAUCGCUGCUGUGGUCUUUGCCUGUCUGGGCCUGAUGGCAACACUUUUUGUUACUUCUGUUUUUAUAAAGUUUUGGGACACUCCUGUGGUCAAGUCAUCCAGCCGUGAGCUUUGCUACAUCAUUCUGGCUGGAAUCUGCCUGGGCUACCUGUGCACUUUCAGUCUAAUUGCUAAGCCACACAUCAUCUAUUGCUACCUGCAGCGGCUGGGAAUCGGCUUGUCCCCCGCCAUGAGCUACUCUGCUCUGGUCACUAAGACCAACCGUAUAGCACGCAUCUUGGCAGGCAGCAAAAAGAAGAUCUGCACCAAGAAACCUCGCUUUAUGUCCGCCUGCGCACAAUUGGUCAUCGCCUUCCUACUCAUCCUGCUGCAGCUGGGGAUUAUUGUGGCACUUCUUAUCAUUGAGCCCCCACAGGUGAUCUAUGACUACCCCAGUAUCCGCGAAGUGCAUUUAAUCUGCAACCUGACCACCUUGGGGGUGGUGGCACCACUGGGCUACAAUGGGUUGCUCAUCCUCAGCUGCACCUUUUACGCCUUUAAGACCCGUAAUGUACCGGCUAAUUUUAACGAGGCCAAGUACAUCGCCUUCACCAUGUACACCACCUGCAUUAUCUGGCUGGCUUUUGUUCCCAUUUACUUUGGAUCCAACUACAAAAUCAUAACCAUGUGCUUUAGUGUCAGCCUCAGUGCCACAGUGGCUCUCUGCUGCAUGUUUGUCCCGAAGGUGUACAUCAUGCUCGCCAAACCUGAAAAGAACGUCCGCAGUGCUUUCACCACGUCCACAGUUGUGCGGAUGCACGUAGGCGACGCCAAAAAAGCCGCCAAAACUGGCAAACCCUCAAGCAGCAUGGCCAACCUCUUCCGGCGCAGCGGCUCCACACAGGAUAACGUAAGCUCCAAUGGGAAAUCAGUGACAUGGGGACAGAACGAGCGCAGCUACAGACCAAACUUAUGGAAGAGGAUGUCGUUCCACAUCAAGAAGAAGGAGGCCGUGGAGGUGAACCAGACGGCCAUCAUCAAGCCCUUUUCUAAGGAAGACGCUCCCGCGGACGGCGGUUCCAAAGAGGAGUACGAAGAGCCACAAGUGUCUCAGUCUCUGCCCUGCUAUCCUUCACAGUCACCUCAGGCCGCCGCCGGCGAGCAUUCGUCAAAGGCGAGAGUCCUCCAGAGGGAAGACAGCGACAAGGAGGCACAGAUUCUGCCGACAUAUGCGCCCGAGCAUCCUGCUGGGAUCAGACGAAGAGGCGGGGAGAACAGUCAGGCUGCCGGUUUCGUCGACGCCGGAGAUAUCAGCAUCAUAAGUGUGGGUGACAUUGGCCAAACUCAAGGUGCCACAAUCAUGGACCAAAUCAGCUGCGUGGUUAACCGCUUCACCGCCAACAUCAACGAGCUGAACACCAUGAUGCUUCCAGGAGGAGCCGCCGUCAGUGGCGCCCUCCCCGAUGGGGAUUCCUCCCAGGGUGCACCGCAGUACCUCACCCCCAGGGGCAGGCAGGGCCCCCCCACCGCCACCACAUACGCCGAGGUGACGGCCAGCUUCUGUGACAAUCCAGCCAGUAAGAUCUACGAGCACCUGGCCGGAACCAGGCGGGCCAGAGAUCCGGAGGAGCUGAUGGCUCUCACCCCACCCUCCCCGUUUAGAGACUCAUCUCUGAGCUCUAAUGGCAGCUCCCCCCCUUCAGUAUCCCCCCCUUCUGAGGCGGAAUACGACCAGCUGCUGCUCAAACAUUACAGCCAGAGCUCCUCCUCGCUCUAAACCGUCCUCUGGACGGGUUUUGAGCCUUCUCAGACUGCAGAAACUGUCGUUUUUUUCUGCACAUUUUGUACAAUCCCAUUUUAGAGACUGAAUUCUCGUUUGACUCAUAAGACGGCAAAAGCUCUUUUUUUUUUUUCAUUUUUUCAUAGUCCAACGAAAUUUUCAAAAAAAAUCACUGCUUUCUUCUGCAACUUAUGCUAAAAUCAUGGGCAUUUUUUAGGUGACACCUCAGUUUGAAACUCCAAAGACGACACCAAUGAGCUAAAAUGACCAGAAGAGGAAAAACUUCAUUACUUUUUUUUUCUAUUUUGAAACUUCAACCAGAACUGUCAAAAACUGUUUAUGUUAAUAUUGCAAAUAUGUCUUAAUAUUGCAUGUUUCUUAAGAAUUGUUGGUGUUAGAAUUUACUGCAGAAUUUUUACAAUUACUAUUGUUAGAUUUUAAUUGAUAUUACACAAAUCAAUCAAUCUCCCAAACCCUUAAUGUUUUAGAUGCAUCCUGAAAAAAGAAAAACAAUCAAAAUUGCCUUUUUGAUACUUACAUAAUUUUCUAAAACCUGACUUUUCUGUCAAUCAUGAAAAAAAGGUAGAAAUGCUGCAAAAAAAAAAAUGCACUUUUAUAUUUUCAAGGCAGGGACUUUGAAAAAAAAAAAAAAAAAGCAUGCAAUGAUAAACCUUUUACACCUCCAAGUCUCAGCGGACGACAUUAUCAGGUUAAAAACCCACAAUUAGCUUAUGAACUACUUUUUUUUUUUUUUUGGAUACUCUUAUCUAAUUGUGACUUAGCUGAAUGUAUAAUGAGAUGUGGUUUGUUGUGGACCAAAAUAACUCUCAGGAUGAGUCUGAACCAAAAACCGUUGCCACUUUUCAUCCUGCAGAAUAGGCCCCCGUCACACGUGUUGGCUCCAAUCAAUCCAUGUUAGCAUUCUCUGACAUAUAAUUGCAGAGUUCUUUUAUAAUAUUGUCUUGUUAAACCUCUGAGUUCAUAGUAGCAAAAAUAAUGACACAUUAUUCAUUUUACAGUGUUUAACAUAUAAAAGAAACUGUCACGUGGACAUGCCUGAUGCUUCCAGCCUUUAUUUUAGUUCAAAUGUGCCAAUAUCUUAUUGCAUUGUUUUUCUUUUAUUUAACUUUAAGCUUAUUUAUUGAUUUAAUGCUUCAGUUUAUUAGAAAAUAUGGUUCUUGUUGUGCUAAAAAGGUGUUUCUGCCUCUAUAGAAUGUAAAUAACUGAAACCCUCAACGGGGUUUGCAGGUUUUUAACUUUUAGAAAGUAACUGGUUCAUUUUUUGUUGUAGCUGUAGCUAUCUUAUUUCAUUCUGCUUGCUUACUUUUUUAAAAAAAAUAUUUAUAUAUAUAUAAAAAGGCUUUAGACACGCUUUUGUUUGUUAUGCCUGCAGAAGGAUGUGCUGCUGUGUGGUUUGUUCCUUUGAGGUAUUUUUAAAAUGAGUUUGCAAUAUAAUCAUAAGGAUUUAUUAUGUUUGCAUGCAGAUCCAACUCCGAUAAUGCAGAUGCAGACUAGUCUUUGUGCCAGUAACUACUGAUGUAAUCUGCAGAAUGUUUGGCUUAUCUUUUCAUCUUCCUGUCAGAUAGCCUGAGUAAACAAACGGGGUUGUCCCGUAUUAAAGAAAUUCAUCCAAAAUGACUUUUAUUUUUAUUAUUACAGUCCGUUUUAAUUUCUAGUAGAAUGUUUUUUGGAAUGCAUUUUGUUUUAAUUAUUAAAGUCAUUUUAUGUCAA